ACGGCAUGAAACUGUUGAUUUCUCUCUCUUCUCUCUCUAGAUCCUUCAGAGAGAGAAAGCUUUUUGACAGAUCUCUUCUGGCGGUGAUUAACUUUCAUAGUUACAUCGGCCGGCUCCUGACUCCGGUAUUGGUGGCUUCUUAGCACCCUUGGCUGGCUUUUGACUCUGGCGAUUUUGGCUUUCAUAGCGAGAUCGGCCGGUUUUAUUUGUCCGGUUAAAUUCCGGCUUCUAACCAUCAUUCUCUGGUUACUAUAGCGGUGCUUGGAUGGAUUUUCACUGGUGUCGUUGGCUUUCUCAGCAAUCUCAGCCAGUUUGGAUGGUUUUUUGAUCCGGCAUGUGAGUUUCUCUCUCUUCUCUCUCUCAAAUUUUUCAGAGAAAGAAACUUGUACGGCUUUGCUUCCGGUGUGUGUUGGUCCCUUCGACGAUGUCAUGUCCGGCUUGAUCCCGGUUUGAGUUGGCCUCCUUGGCAACGCUAAGACUGGAUUUUGUCUAGAUUUCACCAUCAUGAUUUCUCGGUGAUUCAUCUAGCUUUUGGAUCCGGUUUAUUCCGGUUAAGGUAAAUUUCUUAUGGCAAUGAAUUCUAAGAUGCUCGAUUUUAAAGUAAGAACGUAUCUAUGGGUAUGCUUUGCUGGAGGGUAUCGAGUUUCGACUUCAACUUCUAGUCGGAAGAAAUCUCAAGAUCACAAAAGGCUUGGAAGUUCAAUAAGUGCAUCAAGAUCUGUUAUUCAUAAAAAAUCUGAUCUUAUGGUAUUUGGAGAAGACUCAAGCAAAGCAGAACUGAAUUGUAUCCUCAGUAGGAAUCAGAGGAGAUUCAGGUUCUGUUUUUGAGAAUCAUUAAGUUCUUCAUUUUUAUCAUACCAUUCUCUCUUUUUCCGGCGAAUGAUUCGUCCGGCGUAGACAUGACGGCGAUAACAAGUUGCACAGGUGUCGAUGGAGUCGUGCGGCAAGUUUCCACCGAGCUCUUCAGUUUUCUUUGGUUAAGGGUUUCCUUAUUGGGUUUGUGAGCUUUUCUUUUAAUUGUUGGGUUGUUCUGUACUUUGGUUUUUUGGCUGUAAUAUUGGCCUGUUUUAGGCUUAAUCAAUAAAGACACUCUAGUGACAAAAAAAAAAAAAAUAAGAAAAGGAGAUAAGAUAAACCCUCUUUGCUCACUCGGAGAUAUCCUCCGCCGGCGAGUUUCGAUGUUCUCCGCCGUCGCCAAACCCUUCCUCUCUCCUUCACCACCGCUCUUUCGCCUUCCUCUUUCUUCUUUCUCAAUUUCCUUCCGCGUUAUCCCCUCAUUCUUCUCCUCCUCCUCUUCCUCUCUCUUGCCGUCUCCUCGAUCUUCUAAUCCAAUCACGCCUCUCUUAUCCUCGGGCCGCCGCAACUGUAGUCGCCAUGCGUUUAUCGUUGACCAACACCUCUCAUGUUCCAUGUCUGAGAAGCCCCUUCGUGUCGCCGUACUCCUCAGUGGCGGCGUCGAUAGCAGUGUCGCUCUCCGUCUCCUCCACGCCGCUGGUCACUCCUGUACCGCUUUCUAUCUCAAAAUCUGGUUUCAGGAAGGCUUUGAGAAUUUCUGGAAUCAGUGCCCCUGGGAAGAUGAUUUGAAGUAUGCAAAGCAUGUUUGUGAGCAGGUUAAUGUUCCUUUGGAGGUUGUGCAUUUAACAGAUGAAUAUUGGGAAAGAGUUGUUUCCUACAUUAUUGAGGAGUAUCGUUGUGGACGUACACCUAAUCCAGAUGUUUUGUGUAAUACUAGAAUCAAGUUUGGCGCAUUCAUGGAUGCAAUUAGGGAUAUGAAGUAUGACUACGUAGCUUCAGGUCACUAUGCUAAAGUGGUUCAUCCCCCUGCUGACCAAAAUGAUUCAUCAUCUGUUUUGGAACUAUCACAAGACAUGGUGAAGGAUCAGACCUACUUCCUCUCACAUCUCUCUCAACCCCAGCUUAAGCGACUGCUUUUCCCACUUGGUUGUCUAAAGAAGGAUGAAGUUCGCAAACUAGCCACGCAAUUCGAUUUGCCAAAUAAAGAUAGGAAGGAUUCACAAGGGAUAUGUUUCCUUGGGAAGAUAAAGUUCAGUGACUUUGUCGGUAGACACAUAGGAGAGAUGGAAGGAGUUAUAUUGGAAGCGGAAACUGGAGAUUUUCUUGGUAACCAUCGGGGAUUUUGGUUUUACACGAUCGGACAACGCCAAGGUUUGCGUUUACCUGGUGGGCCUUGGUAUGUUGUUGAAAAGGACACAAAGAACAAUGUGGUGUUUGUCUCCAGAAAUUACUACUCAAUCGAUAAGAGAAGGCGGAUUUUCCGUGUUGGCUCCUUAAGAUGGCUUAGUGGGAAACCUUCCAAUGUUAGCGAGCUCCGUUGCAAGGUUCGACAUGGGCCUGGCUUCUAUAGCUGCAGUUUUGGAAUGGAAGCAAAGGGAGAUGUUGCAGUUGUACACCUAGACGAAGACGAUCAAGGUCUAGCUGCUGGACAGUUUGCAGCGUUUUACGAGGGAACCACUUGCAUUGGUUCAGGUGUAAUAUUGGAGUCUUGGGACGAUCAAUGUUUCCCGGUCUGUGCUAAAGCCCUUCAACUCGCAGCGAUGGAAGAUAAAACCAAACUCGGGAAACCCGUCAAAAUCAUGACGAUGCCACUUACAUCAUCUGUUGAGGCUGAUUCAGGAGAAGCCAGUGCAGAAGAAAAGCUGGUUAAUGCAUGAGAGAUGCAAUGCAAGGAAUGGUGCAGUGCUCGGUUUCACCCACAAACUCUGUAGAUCUGAAGCUUUAGCUUGAUAGGUGAUAACAACAUAAGACAUACCACUACGAGCUUCAGGAUUUGGUGGGAAUGUUGUAUUAUACAUAAGGUAUAGUACUGUUGAAAAUAAUUUGACCUCCCGGUGAUCAGAUAUGAGUUAAUUACAUAAAUUUGUUUUUAUCAUUUUUAAUUGGAUUUUAUUCUA